AUGGCAUGCGUGCUCCUCUUCAGUCGACUUCUCCCCUUCUCUCACCGGCUCAGAGGAGCAACCUUCUGCCUCCUGUCUCUUUUUCUCUCCUACUUGUGCUACUGUGCACUGUUCCCUGACAGCAGCAUGCCAAAGUCAGCUGAUCCGACAUCCGGCUGUCAGCGCGUGGAUGGAGCCAAGCGGCGCGCGCACAGACCCCUGUCCUGCCUCUCACCUCCGUCUCGGUUGGACCCAGACCAGAGACGUCCUCCCGCUCCCCACAAGGUCAGGAACGACACCCCGAGUCCUCCGAUGAGCCACAUGAAGUUUGGCAAUAAAAAGUUGCCCAACGCCAUCAUAGUUGGGGUGAAAAAGGGAGGAACGAGAGCGGUUCUGGAGUUCAUACGGAUCCAUCCGGACGUCCGAGCGGCGGGGACAGAAACCCACUUCUUUGACAGGAACUACAAGAGAGGCUUGGAGUGGUACAGAGGUUUAAUGCCAAGGACCCUUGAAAGCCAAAUCACAAUGGAGAAGACACCAAGCUACUUUGUGACCAAAGAGACUCCACAUCGGAUCUCUGCUAUGUCCCAGGACAUGAAGCUUAUCGUGGUGGUGCGUGACCCCGUCACCAGAGCAAUAUCGGACUACACUCAGACUUUGUCCAAAACGCCCGACCUACCGAGCUUCCAGGACCUGGCCUUCGAAAAUCAGAGCCUGGGUGUUGUGGACAUGUCCUGGAACGCCAUCCGGAUCGGCCUCUACGCCCUGCACCUCGAGAACUGGCUCCGCUACUUCCCUCUGGCUCAGAUCCACUUUGUCAGUGGAGAGCGCCUCAUCACGGACCCGGCGGGUGAGCUGGCUCGAGUGCAGGACUUCCUCGGGUUAAAACGCAUCGUCACCGACAAACACUUUUAUUUCAACCGCACCAAGGGCUUCCCUUGCCUUAAGAAGCCGGAGAGCAGCAGCUCGCCUCGCUGCCUGGGCAAGUCAAAGGGCAGGACUCACGUGCAGAUAGACAGAGACGCUAUUGAGCAGCUGCGGGACUUCUACAGACCUCAUAAUGUCAAGUUCUACGAAAUGGUGGGGCAUGACUUCAAAUGGGAGUGA